AUGGGAAUAAUAUUUGGUAAAAGCAAAAAAUCAAUAAAAAAGCAAGAGGAAACAAAGGUACAGCAUAUCAAUAAUAAUAAUCAUUAUGGUGGACCUUAGAAGAAUAGAGUAAAUGAAACAGACAAGGCUAUUCUCGACAUCAAAGCUAGAAUGAAAAAACUAAAAGUUUACACUGAUAAGAUCAAGAUUUAAGUUGAUUAAUAGAAGGAAAAGAUUUAAGAGCACCUAAGAGAGAAGAAUAAGCAAAGAGCAUUGAUAGCUUUGAAGCACAAAAAAUUUUUGGACUAAUAAUAUGACAAGUCACUGGGAGCUUAAACUCUUUUGCAGUAAACAUUAUAGAAUAUAGAGUCAGCUUCUAUUGAUGUUGUUGUUUAUGAUGCCUUAAAGUAAGGUGAUCAGGUUUUGUCAGAAUUAUAGUCAAAAGCUUCUAUUUAAGAUUUUGAGGAAAUCUACGAAAAGCAUCAAGAUCAUUUGGCUAUAAAAGAGAAAGAAAGAGAACUUUUUGGGCAAGUCCUAAACGAUGAUGACUUAUAAGAUGAAUUAGAUUAGCUUGAUGCAAUUAUUCUAGAAGAGGAGCUACCUAAUGCUGGAUAAAAUGAGCUAGCUUAUAAUAAGUAGAGUUAGAGAGAAGAAGUUCAGGAGUAACAAGUCUCUAGAGAGGCAAAGAAAAACGCAGAAAAGUAGUAGCCAAUGCUUGCAUGA